AUGGAUGCAUUCAAGAACUUUUUGAAGAAAAAGAAGGUCGAUAAGCAUUUUAAACGGACCGGACCAGGGCGAAAACUUGACUCAAGUGACGGUACUGCUCCUAGUAUAGUGACGGGCGCUAGUCAAGGUGGAGCAAUCGAUCGCAUUGCUGCAUCUGAUGUCGCUGCGCAGGCAGCUUUGAAACGCCUUUACAAAGCCGAACCACAGAUUAGCGGCAGUCAAAAAAAGAUUCAAAUGAUUGCACAGCGGGAGUUGGAGGAGGAGAGGCGUCGAAAAGAUGCUUGUAAUGCUCUUCAGGAGCUCAGUUUUGAGGAGAAAAGCAAAGCUGGUCCUGAAAUUCGGGAAUUCGAACAUGCGGAUGUUAUUAAAGGCGUGUAUUUCACUUGUGAAUUACUCGGGGAAGACGAGGCAUUGACGAAAGCUGAGCUGAUGCAAGCAAUUGAGGAGUUUCUUACCUCGCAGUUGUUAUGUGUUGAUGAAGACACUGUAGUUCCCGCCGUGCUUCUCCUCUAUUCAUUGAAUAAGAAACAACCGAAAGAGGUUGCCAUUGAAACUAUCGGAAAAUACCUCCAAAAUAUAAUUGAGUAUCCUAACGAGCCUAAGUACAGGAGAAUACGAUUGUCUAAUAAAGCAUAUCAGGAGCGUGUUGCCAGUGUGAAGGGCGGGCCUGAGUUUCUAAAGUCUGUUGGUUUCGAGGAAAGGUUAGAACCAUUAAAGCACGGCGAUCCGCCGGAGCCUUUCUUGGUUAUUUCUGAGGAAAAGGUCAACAAUACUGGUCGCCUUGUUGCUGCGCUUUCUCUGCUUCGAGACGGUCAAAGUGUGCCUAUCAAGGUGUCCCGUCAAACAGUGAUUUAUUUGCUUCGUGAGAAUGAGCGUAUUUACACACCUAAAUUGCCUAACGAUUUCUUCGACUUGACUGUUGAUGAUAUUCGUCGUGAACAACAAGUGAGGACAGAUGAUGUCGACAAAAUGCUUACCUUGCGUACUCGGGAGAUGAGGGAAAAAGACGCGAAACAGCGUCAGUAUUCCUAUAAAUACACUUUAGUACGUAUUCGCCUACCUGACAGAUACGUUCUUCAAGGCACCUUUGGUUGUUAUGAGCCGUUUUCAUCUGUGCAAGAGUUUGUUGCAGAGCACCUUUCGAAUGCUGCAUCUUUGUUUUCUCUUUGUGAUCCUGGAAGAGGUUCCGAACCUAUAGCGGAUCUAACAAAGAGCUUAGCAGAGUUAGGAUUGGCUCCUGCUGUGGUGCUUCAUCUAGAUUUUGAUGAACCCAUUGAUGGACCGAGCUUAGCUCAAAAGUAUAUUGACGCUGCUGUUCCUCUCACGACUAACUAA